UCACAUUGAUCAAACAACAACAUGGCAAGAUCCUAGGAAGGCCAUGCUUUCCCAGAUGAAUGUUACAGCUCCCACCAGUCCUUCCGUGCAGCAGAACAUCAUGAACUCGGCAUCAGGCCCACUCCCCGAUGGAUGGGAACAAGCUAUGACCCAGGAUGGAGAAAUUUACUACAUAAACCAUAAGAACAAGACCACAUCUUGGCUAGACCCAAGGCUUGACCCACGCUUUGCCAUGAAUCAGCGAAUCAGCCAAAGUGCUCCAGUGAAACAGCCACCCCCUCUGGCUCCUCAGAGUCCCCAAGGUGGUGUGAUGGGUGGGAGUAGCUCCAAUCAGCAACAACAGAUGAGACUUCAGCAGCUACAGAUGGAGAAGGAAAGGCUGAGACUGAAGCAUCAAGAACUGCUUCGGCAGGCAUUGCGGAAUAUCAAUCCCAGCACAGCAAAUUCUCCAAAACAUCAGGAAUUGGCUCUCCGUAGCCAGCUUCCAACAAUGGAACAAGACGGUGGAUCUCAAAAUCCCGUGUCAUCUCCUGGAAUGUCUCAGGAACUGAGAACAAUGACUACAAAUAGUUCUGAUCCCUUUCUUAACAGUGGAACAUAUCACUCCAGAGAUGAAAGCACAGACAGUGGACUUAGCAUGAGCAGUUAUAGUGUACCCAGAACCCCUGAUGACUUCCUGAACAGUGUUGAUGAGAUGGAUACAGGUGACAGUAUCAGCCAAAGUAACAUACCGUCCCAUCAGAACCGUUUCCCAGACUACCUUGAAGCCAUUCCAGGGACAAAUGUGGACCUUGGGACACUGGAAGGAGAUGGGAUGAAUAUAGAAGGAGAAGAACUGAUGCCAAGUCUGCAAGAGGCUUUGAGCUCUGACAUCCUUAAUGACAUGGAAUCUGUCUUGGCAGCCACCAAGCUAGAUAAAGAGAGUUUUCUUACUUGGUUAUAGGGGCCUCAGGGAGACUGAAUUCUAAAUCUGUGAAGGAUCUAAGGAGAAUAGGACAUCUGUAUCUGAAGUUCAGAACAAGCCAGUGUGGCACACUUCGGCUUGUGUUCAGAAAAAGUAAAUGAACAAAUAUUCAACAAGAUUCUUUCGUUUUGCUCUUCUUUGUCCAUCGCUGCUGUUAUAUAUUGCUGACUUUUUUCCACAGUUGACUCUGAAGAACAGACAUCAUCUUGAUCUUUUUCUAUUGCUGUUGCAACUACUGUUCAAGGGGGGUGGGGAGGGAUGAUGAGCCUAUUUGGAUGACGAAUGCCAUUCCUUUUGUCCUAGUGUGCGCUUGCAUAUCAUUUUAUCUAAGUACUCAGAUUUGAGAGUUAAUUUCUGCAUGUCACUGCUUGUAGUUUGCUCAGCUAGUUGUCUCCUGCUGCCUGUGGCAAGUGGUAAAACAUGACAUACUGGGGUGACAAGCCAAAAAUGAUGUAUCUGGUCAAAAGAAGUCAAUACUGAUUUGGAGAUAUGACUUAAAAGAGGGCUGAAGACUGUUUGGCAUUAAGUGUUUCUACUAGUAGCUCUUUCAUUAGUCACAAAGUGCUCUUGUUCAUAUUUUAUGUUAUAGUAAAUCAUGAGUCAUUUUACAUAGAAACAUAUAUGAACUUUGAUUGUUGCCACAUAUUCUAGCCUAACUUUUGUUUGUCAAAAAUAGUUUGAUUAUUUUUGUUAGUUGGUUUAACUGUAGCUGUAGGAUGGGAAGUAAUUAUAGAUGGUGGUUUUUUUUUUUAAAUAGUGAAAUCUAAGGUUUUUUUCUGAUUUCACAUAGUCUUAUUUAAAUCUGAAUUGUCUGCUUUUUUAUACUUAAAACAUGCCUAUUGUAGCCUGAUAAGCUAGUGAGUACAUAAACCAGUAUGUUUUGCCUGUAACUUUUUUAUUUUUUUAAAGGCUAGCUUUGAAUGUAAUCAUUAGAAUUCAUGACCAGUGGCUUAUUUUUCAUGUUUAUUUGCAAGAUUUUGAAUUAGAAUC